AAGAUCCACCACCCCACCAACCAACUACUCUCACAGUCUCACCUCCCGCUCCUGCCCCCUCCCUCUCGUUCUCUUCCUAAAUGGCGGCCGAGUCCGCCAGGCCGCCCUCGCCGCCGCGCGACUCCGGCUGCCCCGCGGGCGCGGGAGACUCCACCAGCUCCCAGCUGACCGCGACCUACCUCGGCGUCAGCUUCGCGCUCUUCCUCGCCACGCUCCCGUCGGGCACCGCGGCGCGCCACGUGGCCUCGCUCCAGUCGCGGGGCCGCCUCCUCGCCUCGCGCCUGCUGGCCGCCGAGGACCAGCUGCGGCAGCUGCGCGCGCGCCGCCGCGAGGACGCCCGCGCCAACGCCCGCGCCGCCGAGAUCUUCGCGGGCCACCGCGCCGCCUGGAUGGAGGCCGAGCGCCGCCUGCAGGCCCGCGCCGCCGCCGCCGCGGACGAGGCCGCCUCCCUCCGCGCGCACCUCGCCGACGCCGAGGCCGACGCCGCUGCGCUGCGCGCCCGCGCCGAGCGACUCGAGCGCGAGGCCGCCGAGCGGGAUGAGCUGCUCACCGCGCUCCUCGCGGCCACCUCGCGCGCCGGGUACUCCGGCGGCGGGCCCCUGCCCCGCGUCCACGACGGGGAGGAGCAGGAGGAGGAGGAGCGGGCGCGCCACGACGCGCGUGGGGAGCGGGAGCCGGAGCACGAGCAGGACCCGCUGCCCGCGCCGCCGUUGGACCACGCCGCUGACACCACCGACGCCGAGGCCCUCGCUGCCGCCGCCGCGCUCUACGCUCAGCAGCGCCAGAAGCACGACGACGACUUCUACACGGCGGCCAUGGCCGCGUCGGGAAUGCCGCCGUGGAUGGAGAUGGACCGAUCAAAAGCCUGGCAGGACCUAAAGUAUGAUACAAUUGAGUCAACGUACAACACAAAGCAUGCUGUACCGAGGAGAGAAUCACCCUGGAAAGUGGAUGUAGAAUCUUCAGGAGUUCCAGCAAAACUUAGGUUGCUGGAGCAGGAAUUACUUAACCUGGAAAAGGUAGUGAAUGGAGAUUUGUCCAAGAUUCCAUUGGUGAUGAGAAAACAAGUGAAAAGAUACCAAACUCUAGCUGGGAAAAUUGAUGAUCUUUGCAAACGAAUGCAAACAAGUGACCCUUGUGAUUCAACACUUAACUCGGAGUUUAGAACACAGCGGCAAACAGAAUUCUUGCUGGAAGCGUUUCACCUUCAGCAUCGUGCAACUGAAACCAGGCAGAAGCUCGGCACACUGCAAGCAGAGACCGCAAAAGGCAGCUUUGGAGAUGAGCUAACAGCAGAAGCCAAAAUGUGCACAAGAAGAGCACUUAGUUCAAUAAGGAAUAACUUCAAGGAAAUCCAGCGAAGCUUGGAGAUUUGGCUGGCAAGAAUUCUUGGAGACCUCGAGGGCAUGCUAGCCAGGGAUGGGGCCUCACGCAUUAGGGAGUACUUUCUGUCUCCAUACACGUCUGCUGUUCGGUGAGUGGCUGGUGUCAUGGCAUGCAGGAAUGGUCAUGUUCUCCUCACUACUAUAUAGUGACUGCAUGCGCAUGAACACCCUGGAGAAUCCCUGGAUACACGGUCAGCAGGUAAAAUGCCAGAAUCAAGUUCAUGCGCACCUGUGGAACCCCCUUGUUGGUCUUUUUUAUGGGCAGCCUUGCAAGCUUUAGCAAAAUUGAAGAGAAGUGAUCUGGGAUCCUACCAGAUUUCACAGGCGGAUCGAAUGUAGAAUUUAGAAGCAUAUAUCCCCCAUUAUUAGGGACAUCAAAUUUUGACACCAAAUCUGAUCAAGUUCUAGAUCACCCCUCUUCAUAUCUGUCAAAUUUAUGCGAAGGAUUGCGGUUAAGCAAGGUUGCAUCGAAGUGAGGCUGCCAGUGUGUACUGCUGAUCGUGCUGUUAGCAGGUUGAUGUCCUUACCAUCGACCACCUCAGUUCAGCCUCAAAUCAGUUUGAACAUAGGUAUAGUUCUGUCCGUAGGUGUUAACGCAUUAUCUGUCUCUCUCCAGCUCUUCAUCUUGUUGGGAUUGUACAGUUUUAUGCUUAUGGUUGUGCUGUUCUCCUAACUGUAUCUAGAACAGAGUCCUUGGAUGCGCUAAACUGUAUUAUUGUCAGUUUAUGGUUAGUGAUUUGUAUUUAUGUUC